AUGCGCUUCAUCCAAGCCGCCGCUCUCGCUUUCGGUCUGCUCGACCUAGCUAUCGCUCAAAACUGGCCAAACCAAUGCUUCUGCCCCGGCGUCUACUGCAACAAUGACAGUCCCCAGUGCACCCCGGACGGUGCUAACGCCACCCUAACUCUUUGCUGUGCCUCGGGUCAGAUUGCUUUCAAUGGAAAAUGUGUGAGUCGGGGAUCCCAGCUCUGCUCGGACGGAGAGACUAUUUGCUCUGGCCCCGAGUCCCAAUGUGCCGUCGACACCAACGGCAAAAGCAUUUGCUGCGCCCGCGGUCAGGUCGCAGUCCAUGGGAAAUGUGUCGCGCCAGGCUCCAAUCCCUGUUCAGACGGAAAGACUGUGUGCUCUGGCACCAAGUCGCAGUGUGCUGUCGACGCCAGCGGCAAAAGCAAAUGUGUCGAACCCGGCUCCAAUGCCUGCUCAGACGGAAAGACUGUGUGCUCUGGCGCCAAGUCCCAGUGUACCGUUAACGUUACCGUCUUUGGUGACGGGAGCGGUGGCGCUCUUAGCAAUCCUAUUUGCUGUGCCCCAGGCGAGAAGGCCAUCAACGGCCGAUGUUUCCCUGGUAAGGCCAAGGUUAUGCCCUGCUACCGUGGCGUCUGUGAUUGGGGUCAGGGCGAAUACUCUGCCUGGAACGAGGGCAACGCCGACUCCAGGUGCUGCAAGUUGAAUGAGUACUACAAGGGCAACUCGUGUGUCAGGAAGCCAUAG